AUGCAAUUAAAGCAAACCGAAGGUAGUGGUGGCCCUUUGGCAGAUCAAGUAACAAUGCCGGAAUCUAAAACCUCCCGCGCCGAGUUCACCCGGCAGUCGUCGACUCUGCCUUUCGGUCAACCCGUAUCCUUGUCUUCGAUAUCCGGCCCUACGUAUGUCACCGGCCAACUACUCGUUCAGCAAAUUGCCUACACCUUGUCCGAUAAAAUCUUCUCAUACUCCCCUGAGACAUUCGACCUCGAUGUUGCCGUGAAGGAUUGGGCUCAAAUUGGAGAGAAGAACAUUCAUGGAUAUCCUACUACUGUCUUGCCUCUUCAGACUCGUUCCGGCGCUGGCGCUUUUGCCCUUGGUUAUAUCUUCUCGAAAGACUUCGAUUUAAGCAAGAGAAAUAUUCCUCAAACUCUGUUGGCACCAUCACUUAGUUUGCGCCAUCUCCGUUCGGCCUUAGACCAGUUGGCUUUACUGUAUGGAGUUGCGAGCCCCUUCGUCGCCCAUGUAGCCGCUACUGAUUAUGUUGCCGAUGCGGGUCUUGUUGCAGAAUAUGGCACGGCCCUACAACUUUCCGAAGAGCUCGGACUAGGUCUUAUAUCAAGUGGUUCCGCAUAUGAGGCACAGCACAUCUCGCUCUUUGCCACGUUGAUGGCUAAGAUAUUACCGACUAUUCAUGUUUACGAUGGUGUUCGUACAUCCCGUGAGACAUUGAGAGUCAUCGAUGCUUUGAGCCAAACCGGUACCGCCGAUAUCUUUAAGAAGAUCUCUAAGACGGCUGAAACCUUGAACAGCCGCCUCGACAGUGCUGGUAAAGUUUUAGAACUCCUCCAGGCUUUUAACGAUGAGCUUGGCACUGAUUACGAGCCGUUCGAAUACGUCGGUCACGACGCCGCCGAAGCCGUCUAUGUUGUUUUCGGCAGCGUCGAGGCUCAACUUGCCAAGCAGGUCAUACCCAAGUUGGCAGCUGAUGGAAUCAAGGUGGGAGCCGUUAUCGUCCGAAUUUACAGGCCCUUCAUCGAAGAGGCCUUUAUCAAAGUGCUCCCUGCUUCUACAACGCAUGUCGCAGUUCUGGGACAAGUCCCGAACGAACCCGCCGUGUCCGACGCUUCAGUCCAAUCUAUCUUGUAUUCGGAUGUCUUGACUGCAAUUUCAUUCUCGAGCAAAUGGGACUCGACUCCUAUUGUGACAGAUGUAAAGUAUGCAGCAUCGCAUGCGUUUACCCCGUCUAGCUUUGCUGCCACAGUUACUCAGGCUACGCUUAAGAAUCCGGUUUCCAGUAUCCAGUUGCCGCAGCUCGAGUCUGUAGAACAGUACAUAUUUUGGGAUACCGAUGAUUCGGUUGCUCUCAUUGCCCCCACUGUCGUUGGCAGCCUUUUGUCGCGAGAUUCCACUACUAAUGUCUAUUUCAACGAAUCCCACGAUAAUUUGGUUCAAGGUGGUGUUGUUCGAUCUGAUCUUAGAACCUCUAAAAUCACGAUUGAUGCGCCUUUCGCAGCUGAAGACGCCGACGUCGUUCUAGUGGGCGACGAGAAGCUGCUGAAGGAUGUGGCCGCGUCCCAAAGCGUCAAGGAUAAUGGCAAGUUGAUCCUCAAGUUGCCCAACUUCAAGGAUGAAGAUGUCGAAAAGCGGAUCCCCUCUACUAUUCGCAAGGAUGUGCAAGAGAGGAACAUCUCACUUUACGUACUGGACUCUUCUUCGUCUCCGGCUUUCGAGACCGAUUCCAAUGCUGCGAGACUAUUGGUUGAGCUCGCUUUCCUCAAGAUCGCAAAACCCGACCUUAAACAAGAAAUUCUAGAGAAGUUGGCUACGCUUGAAGCUAAUCUUCCUACUCUAGAAGAAUGUCUUGAUGCUUUAGACAAGUCUCUCAAACACCUCGAAGUCCCAGAAUCCUGGGCUGAGAACGCCAAUGACGCAACACAAAUUCUCCCCCAGGCCUUGAAGACAAAUAGCUUUGCUACGUUUGAUAAGCAAGAGUCGGAGCAAGAUUUACAGCUUAGCAGCUGGGAGUCUGCUGCUAAGGGUCUCGUUUUCAAAGAGGCAUACAAUACCGACAUUUCUCUACGACCAGACUUAACUGUCCAGACAUACACGAUUCACGUUAAAGAGAAUCGCAGGCUUACACCUGGGACUUAUGAUCGAAACAUAUUCCAUAUUGAAUUUGAUCUAGGAAACUCUGGUCUUACGUACAAAAUUGGAGAAGCUCUUGGAGUACAUGCAGACAAUGAUACUGAUCUGGUCAGCGAGUUCAUCGAGUCCUACGGCUUGAGUGCAGAUGACCUUGUUCAGGUACCUUCGAGGGAUGAUCCUAGUGUUCUAGAGACAAGGACCGUCUAUCAAUCGCUGGUGCAGAACAUCGACAUUUUUGGCAAGCCUCCUAAGCGAUUUUACGAAUCAUUAGCCGAAUUUGCUACCGACGAGCUCGAGAAAAAGAAAUUGGCCUCUCUUGGUACUCCGGAAGGUGCUGAAGAAUUCAAACGGCGAACAGAGGUCGACACCAGUACUUUUGCCGACGUAUUUGAUGAAUUCAAAUCCGCUCACCCCAGCUUCCCUGAGCUCGUUCGUUUAGUUGGGCCUCUAAAGCGUCGCGAGUACUCGAUCGCCUCUGCUCAAGCGGUAACACCGAAUGCAGUUGCCCUCAUGAUUGUAGUCGUGGACUGGGUUGAUUCUAAAGGCCGAACACGUUACGGUCAAGCGACUCGCUAUCUCAGUGGUCUUCCUGUCGGAGCCGCCGUUACUGCAUCUGUCAAACCCUCUGUUAUGAAGCUUCCAGUACGUGACGAUGCGCCCCUCAUUAUGGCUGGCCUCGGUACUGGACUUGCUCCCUUUAGAGCAUUCGUGCAAUAUCGCGCAAUGCAAAAAGCUGAGGGCAAGGAUAUCGGCGCAAUUCUCCUAUAUCUUGGUUCCCGCCAUCAGCGCGAGGAGUAUCUCUAUGGUGAGGAAUGGGAGGCGUAUCUGGAUGCGGGUGUUAUCACCCUUCUUGGCGCUGCCUUCUCUCGUGACCAGCCCCAGAAGAUCUACAUUCAAGACCGCAUGCGCCAGACUAUUAGCGACAUCAUCAAGGCAUACAUAGAACAGGAAGGCUCAUUCUACCUCUGCGGUCCCACGUGGCCCGUUCCCGAUGUCACCGACGUACUGAAGGAGGCUAUUGCUGCUGAGGCUAAGAUGAGCGGAAAGAAGGUAGAUGCGACGAAGGAAAUCGACCGUCUCAAGGAGGAUGGGCGUUACGUGCUUGAGGUUUAUUAG